GAGCAUUCCAGUGAGUGAUAUUUUGUUGUUACUGUUAUUUCAUCAUUUCCACGCCUUUGUCCAUUGUUACUGAGGGGGAAAUGACUUGAAAUAGAUGUAAAUAGAGAUGCCAAACGAAGAACAAGACACACAGAAAAUGGAAGGAGGGACAGAAGCACAGGAAACAGAGAAGAAGGAGGAGAAGGAAGACAAGAAAGAGGAGGAGGAGGAAGAGGAGGAGGAGGGAGAGAAGGUGAAGGAUAAUGAAGGGGAGGAUGCAAGGCUGGAUUACGACAAGAAGACGAGCCGUGGAGAACUGGCGGUGAAAGUGAUCUGCCUCGGUGACAGUGCUGUGGGGAAGAGCAAGUUGGUGGAGAGGUUCCUGUUGGACGGCUACCACCACCAGCAGCUCUCCACCUUCGCCCUGACCCUCCACCGCUACCGCACCACGAUUAACGAGGCCAACGUGCUCGUGGAUUUUUGGGACACCGCUGGCCAGGAGAGGUUUCAGACAAUGCACCCUUCCUAUUACCACCAGGCCCACGCAGCCAUCUUGGUGUUUGACGCGACCCGUAAGGUGACGUACAAGAAUUUGGCUCUUUGGUACAAGGAACUGAGAGAUCACCGGCCAGAGAUUCCCUGCUUCUGUGCUGUGAAUAAGAUUGAUGAAAACGAGGAUGUAGCAGGAAAAAAUUUUGCGUUUGCGGAAAAAAAUAAUCUCAACAUGUACUAUGUCUCUGCCUCGUCUGGAACCAAUGUGGUGAAGCUGUUCCAGGACGCAAUCAGGGCUAUGUAAUUGAAUGUAAUCUAUAUAAUCCCUCUAAAAUGCAGUACGACGCUAUAAUCUGAUGUAUAUUUAAGUAAUCCUAUGUAAUCCAAGUAAUUUCUCUCCCCCAGCUGUUCCAGGACGCAAUUAAGGGCUAUGUAAUUGAAUGUAAUCUAUAUAAUCGCUCUAAACUGCAGUACGACGCUAUAAUCUGAUGUAUAUUUAAGUAAUCCUAUGUAAUCCAAGUAAUUUCUCUCCCACAGCUGUUUCAGGACGCAAUUAGGGCUAUGUAAUUGAUUGUAAUCUAUAUAAUCCCUCUAAACUGCAGUACGACGCUAUAAUCUGAUGUAUAUUUAAGUAACCCUAUGUAAUCCAAGUAAUUCCUCUCCCCAGCUGUUUCAGGACGCAAUUAGGGCUAUGUAAUUGAAUGUAAUCUAUAUAAUCGCUCUAAACUGCUGUACGAUGCUAUAAUCUGAUGUAUAUUUAAGUAAUCCUAUGUAAUCCAAGUAAUUUCUCUCCCCACAGCUGUUUCAGGACGCAAUCAGGGCUAUGUAAUUCAAUGUAAUCUAUAUAAUCGCUCUAAACUGCAGUACGAUGCUAUAAUCUGAUGUAUAUUUAAGUAAUCCUAUGUAAUCUAAGUAAUUUUCUCUCCCCAGCUGUUCCAGGACGCAGUCAGGGCUAUGUAAUUGAAUGUAAUCUAUAUAAUCGCUCUAAACUGCUGUACGACGCUAUAAUCUGAUGUAUAUUUAAGUAAUCCUAUGUAAUCCAAGUAAUUUCUCUCCCCAGCUGUUCCAGGACGCAAUCAGGGCUAUGUAAUUGAAUGUAAUCUAUAUAAUCGCUCUAAACUGCAGUACGAUGCUAUAAUCUGAUGUAUAUUUAAGUAAUCCUAUGUAAUCCAAGUAAUUCCUCUCCCCCAGCUGUUCCAGGACGCAAUCAGGGCUAUGUAAUUGAAUGUAUAUCUAU